AUGCAGCGCUACAUGUUGUGGGCGGAGCGCCAAGCUGGUCGUGGGAUUACGAAGAUCGUCCAGCGUGAGCACGAGCCUGCAGAAAGCGCAAAGUUUCCGGUGCAACGCGUUCUCACAGAUAAUGGUGGUGAGUUCGUGAACAAGGAUAUGAAGACGUUCUAUGCGGGGCGUGGAAUCGAGCACAUCAAAGUUGGACCUAAGAGCUCACAUCUGAAUGCUGUGGAGCGUGCGAUCCAGUCCUUGAAUGACAACACGAAGACGCAGAUGCACAAGUCCGGAUUUUCUCGUUCGUUUUGUUGGUAUGCCCUUUUGUAUGGUGUUUACAUCAAGAACAUGAUGUACCAUCGAGCCAUCGAAGGGAUUCCAGUCCAUCAAAUGAUCGGCGUGAAAGCUGAUGUGCACCACUUGAGGCCCUUCGGCUCGCUCGUGUACAUCCAGGUGCCGAACAUACCGGAGCGCUCGAAGAGUGACGACAAUGCUAUCAUCGGCUAUCUACUUGGGUUCAAAAUGGACACUGUUGUCGAAAUGGACACUGUUGUCGAAAUGGACACUGUUGGCGUGUAUAUCCCCAGCGAGAACACGGUCAAGUUUGUCGCUGAGGUUCGCGUUAUUGAGGACGUGAUGUACGGCGACCGUCAUCACGUCGAUCCAACUAACCGAGAUGAUGGUGAAUGGUUACAUUUUGCGACCGAAAAGUUGGAGAGCAAGACGACACGACCAGCAACUCGAGUGACGACGGCAUAG